AUGGCGCAGCGCGACAAGAAAGUGGAGGAGCCCACGGAGCUGCGGGCGCCGGAGCUCACGCUGUGCGCCAACAGCUGCGGCUUCCCGGGCAACCGGGCCACCAACAACCUCUGCCAGGCCUGCUUCCAGGCCGCCACCGCUUCCUCGGCCGCCUCCGUCUCGCCGCCGUCGCCCUCCUCCUCGUCGUCCCUGUCCCCGCCGGUGUUCCAGUACGACGAGCAGCAGCAGCAGCAGGCGAGGCCGUCUGCGCCGGCGGUGUUCGCCGACCGGCCCGCGGAACCGUCUCCGUCCAGGCCGGCCCGGACGUCUCCAUCGUCGGCGUCGUCGUCCGUCAACCGGUGCCAGAGCUGCCGGAAGCGCGUCGGGCUGACGGGGUUCCGGUGCCGCUGCGGUGAGCUCUUCUGCGGCGCGCACCGCUACUCGGACCGCCACGACUGCUGCUUCGACUACAAGGCCGUCGGCCGGGACGCCAUCGCCAGGGAGAACCCCGUCGUGCGCGCCGCCAAGAUCGUCAGGUUCUGA